UGCUUGUUCCCGGUUUUCUCGCCCUUGUUUAUCUGGCUAGGGGCUGCGACUGGCGCCCCGCGGCAGUGCUUCCGCAGCCCGCGUAGCGAUGGCACGUGCUCUUUAUGAAACACCCGACAUACGCGUUCGAGAACAACAUAGGUGAACUUCGGAUUUUUAAUAUCACGUAUUUUUCAUAUGACUGCGAAAUGACUCUUUUUAUACAUUUUUAUUGUGUCAUUUGGAUAACGUUAUUGACGGUAUGCUGCAGUACGACAGGUCGGGAAUUACCGAAUGGUCAAAAUGUAGUAUCUGUAGCUCCGAUAGACGUUCCCGACGAGUCUAUGUAUCCAAGAUUCGCUGAGCCAAUUCCGAAUGUCACAGUCACCGUUGGUAGAGAUGCUUUAUUAGCGUGCGUUGUGGAUAAUUUAAGGGGAUUUAAGGUUGCUUGGGUUCGUAUGGACACGCAGACAAUUCUCAGCAUCCAUCAUAAUAUUAUUACUCAAAACAAACGAAUUAGUCUUUCUUACAACGACCAUCGCUCAUGGUAUUUGCAUAUCAAGAACGUUCAAGAAGUAGACCGCGGUUGGUACAUGUGUCAGGUCAACACAGACCCAAUGCGCUCCAGGAAAGGAUACCUACAAGUCGUCGUGCCGCCAUCGAUCAUCGAUAACAUGACGUCUACGGACAUGGUUGUCCGGGAGGGGACAGACGUUACCCUGGUAUGUCGCGCGUCCGGAUAUCCCGAACCUUACGCCAUGUGGCGAAGAGAAGACGGACAGGAUUUUAAUUAUAAUGGAGAGUCAGUUAGUGUUGUAGACGGGGAAACUUUAACAAUCUCAAAAGUAUCACGACUGCACAUGGGAGCAUAUUUAUGCAUAGCUUCGAAUGGUGUUCCACCGUCUAUUAGCAAACGCAUUAUGCUCAUGGUUCAGUUCCCCCCAAUGCUGUCAAUUCCAAAUCAACUAGAAGGAGCCUAUAUUGGCCAAGAUGUCACCCUGGAAUGUCACACUGAGGCCUAUCCUUCCUCAAUCAACUAUUGGACGACUGAUCGUGGAGAUAUGAUUAUUUCCGAAAUGGAAAUUGUAGGUGGCAAGUACGAAGCGUUCCCGGUGGAUAGCGGCUACAACAAAUUUAUGAUGCUGAAAAUUCGCAAUAUCACGAAGGAGGACUUCGGCUUUUACAAAUGUAUUGCGAAGAACUCUUUAGGAGAAACGGACGGAAUCAUCAAACUCGAUGAAAUACCAGCACCGCCAUCAGCGUUUACCACAACACAAAAAUCUGUGCUGGACAAUCAAACAAUAAGGAAAAAAGGUCAACUACAAAUAGCACAGAGGAAUGACGCAAUCAGCUCAACAUUUCAAGGUGAAGCCUAUGGUGAACAAAUAAGAGACUUCGAUUUCUAUGAAGAAGAAAGUUCCGCUGUUACUCCGACCUUAGAAAAAACUUUAUUUUUCAUAACGCUUCAACACGUAUUAAAGCAGGUGCUUUCCUGAUAUUGAUGUUUUAUAUAGCUAUGCAUGUUCCAUAAAAAUUUAAGUUUCCAUAACAUUUCUUUUAAGCUGAAAAGACAAUAAUAUUUAUCACGAAUACCUAAACUAAAUUUUUAAUCAUACUUAAACUUCGUAUUAACUUCAUGAUCUACUUGAAUCUCUGCUUUGUAUCUUUAGAAGCUUCGCAUUUAAACAAAUGGUGAAAACAAUCCAUAACAUGCUUUCUGACUUACAGUGUAAAUAGCUAAACGUAUUUUAUAAAUGUAUGUAAUUUUUUUGGUUAGCUUUUUUGGGUUAGAUUUGUUGAGAUAAUUAGAUUUAUUUUUGUUUUACUUUUCUUUAUUCUAAUAGUCUGUAAAUAUUUUAAAAUGGUAUGGCACGUCACUAGAGUGACAACGAAUUAACAUACGAAAAGAUAUACAUACUCCUAUAAUAUCUAAUUAUUUAUUAUAAGUGGUAUAUAAAUAUUAUUACAUGAUUACUACAGCUUAAUUUUUAGACUACGUAUAUUCAAUAAACAUUUUGCAACGAAAUAUUAACAUUCUUAGUAACUGAAGCAUGUGUUUAAAAUAUUUUUUGGUAUUUAUAAUAUUGAUGCCUUGAGUUGUCAAUCAUUUAUUAAUACGGUUCAGAAUUAAUAUCGUAUUACGAAGUCUAUAAGCUCCUUCGCUUCACCGUUAAUUGGUUUACUUCAAAGUAUUGUAAGAAAAUUUUAAAGUUUAGAUCACUUUAAUUGAUUUUUAUUAUGAAUAACAACAAAGAAUUUUAAUUAAACAUCAAUAUACUUAAAUUAAUUUUAUAUUAGAAUAUCUGUACAUGUUAGGAAUAUUAGAACUUACGAUCUUAUAGGGAUAGAAUGUUUUGUAAUGAUUCUUAAUAUGGAACUGCCAAAUAUAUGUGAAUAAAAUAAAGCAACGCUUACAUAUGUA